UUUUUUUAAAGGUUUCUUAAGAUCGAUGCCUCCAGUCCUUUCUCUUUGUCCCAUUCUUACACCAUUACGUGUUAUUCCUCUAUUUUCUCCACAGCCAACAACUACACCACCACAACCUUCACAACACCGAAAAUUGUUCAUUGGCGGUUUAAACCACGAAACGACAGAUGAUCAGUUAUGUGACUACUAUUCAAAAUGGGGGCAAGUUGUGGAUUGCAUCGUAAUAAGGGAUCCAGUCUCCAGGCAUUCUAGAGGAUUUGGUUUUGUUACUUUUGCAUUGGCAGAAAUGGCUGAUGCAGCGAUGGCUGAACGACCUCACACAAUUGGGGGGAAGGCAGAUUGUCGAUCCAAAAAGAGCAAUUCCUCGAGAACAAAUGCUUCAGGCGGCUCUUUGCCCUCCCACAUUUUUGGAUUCUGA